AUGGAGUACGGCUUGGUUGACUGUCACUGUCAUAUAUCGGCCGCUGAGUUUGAAGAGGUAGGAACCAAGUUAUUCUUUGGUCACGAAAGUAUAAGACCAUAAUAAAUUAUCUGUCUAUCUUUAAAUUCUGCACGUCAGUAGCUGGUCGAUCAGUUACCUUUAAGUUCUGUAUAUAAGACUAAAUUAUACGUCUGUUAUCUUUAAUUUCUGCCCAUGUUAGUCAGUUAUCUGUCUGUUAAACUGUGUUUUCAUGUGGGUUUUUUGUUGUCUUAAAUUUGUGCUUAAUUUGGUUUAAAACUUUGUUUUCAGGAUGUGGAUGAAGUGAUUCAGAGGAGCAGAGAGGUCAGAGAUUAGUUCAACUUUUACACAGAUUUACAGUUUAAUGAUGUUUGAACAGAAAGUUUAACUUCAGUCAGAUGACACUAAAAAUACUUGCAGAGUUAGAAAAGAACUUUACAGCAGUGUGACUGUGUCUGAUCAUGUGUUUGUAUGUCUGUCUCCGUCUAUAUGUGUGUUUGCAGGCUGGUGUUCAGGCUCUGGUUUCAGUCACAGAGGGAUUUGAGGAGUUUUCUAGAGUCCUUGAGCUGCAGAGUCGGUCUGUCAAGUUUUUAAGCUCCUCAGCUUAAUAAAGACAUAGUUUGUGUGUUUCGACUUCCACCAAUGUUUCCAUCUGAUCGAUCAAACUAGAGUUUCUUCUACAACUAUAUUUAAAUAUCAGACUUUAAUUUAAUGAGGUACAUUUUAAAAAAAUACAACAUUUUGAAACAGAGCUGAAAAUGGUCUUUUCCUCUGCACUGUUUAAAUGAAAAGUUUUGCUUCCUUCUGUUUAUUUAAAUCAAACUUUAAAAAGAACUUUAAUCUCCAUCUUUUAACUACAACUUUAUCUGCAUUUAUGUUCAAAUUCAUCAUUAUAAGCUACAGUAAAUCAUCUGAUAAGGGUAUUAUUAUUACUCUCAGUUUCUGUUUAAUUGAUUAAUCAUUAAAUGUAAUUGAACAUUUAUUGUUAUUUUGAAAUCAAUUUAUCUUUUAUCAAUCAUAAUUGUAUUUUAAUGUUAUCUUUAUUAUUUAUGGUGGAUUUUUAAUUAAUUUACUGUUUUUUUACUUCUAUAUGUACGGUGGAUAUUUAUUCAUUUUUUUAUAUUUAAUGUUUCAUAAUAUGAAUAAUUCAUACUUGAUAUUUUUGAAUAUUCAAUUUCGUAUUUAUUUUCAUUAUUGGUGGUCAAUACUCUCUCACACAGGUUUCCAGACCUGGUGGCUCCAUGUUUCGGGGUUCAUCCUCUGCAGGUCAGCGGGGGCUCCGAUCAGCACAGCGUCAAAUGUCAGGUAGGAAAACAGUCUGUUCCUCAUUUGUUUUUGCAGAGUUUUUCUUUAUUGUUCCUGAGAAACUUAAUCUGACACACUCAGCAGUGGGGGGAGGGUCUCAGAGAGAGAGAGAGAGAGCUAAGGGUGAGUAUAUCUGAGACCUCAGGAGGAGGUGGAGAUGUUUGAACUUAUUUAACGUUCAUAGUGAAAAAAGAAAAUAUCCUCAGAACCUUACACUUUAGCACAAAGAAACUUUAUCUGACAUUCUCAGCAGACUCCUUCGGGUGGGGUGGGGGGGUUAGAAAAAGAGAAAGAGCGAGAGAGAGAAAGGAGGGUAAAAAACAUCAGAGGAGAAUGUGGAGAUGUGUUUUCCUCUCAAGUUAAUACAGAAAGGACAGUCCUUUUCUACAGUUCCUUGUUGUUGAUUCAGCAGGUUAGAAACUUUGGUGUUUGAUUUCUUUCUUUUUUUAUUGAUGAACUUUUUGUGAAAGUAAACACACUGACACAAAGAGAGAAAUGGACCAUUGCAGCAAAGAAAGUACAAACUAAGAACAAUAACAUUAGAAAUAAUAAGCCAAACCUCAAAGGGAAAAAGAAAUAGUGUACAUGUCAGUCACAUGACGAUUUUUCUCUGUCUGCAGACAGAAAAGUGAUCAGCUGGUUCAUCAGCUGUUUUAUCAGCUGGUUUGAAGUGAAGGUCACAGCAAAGUGUAAAUUUAAUCUUCCUGAGAGUCUGAGCGACAAUUUUCUCAGGCUGCUGACUGAAUCUGAUCGUUUGUAAUCUGCUAGUAGUGAGUCAGCUGAUCGAGGAUUAACUCUGGUUUAACCCUUCAGACUGAAACAAAUUUCUGACAGCCUGUGAACGAAUUUACGACUUGACAAAUUGGAAGUGAAUAGAAGGUUUUUAAAUUAAUUUUGAUAUUGUUUUUGUUUCAAUUAUUUUCAUCUGAGAUACACUUCAUUAUUUUUUUAAAAAGUGAUGUUCACUGUUUUUCUCAACACACCAUAAAUAUGUUUUUCACUGCUUUACAAAUUUCCUCUUGAAGAUAAGAAAACUUUUCUUUUUAUGGAAAAUGAAGGUAAGAUGUGUAAAAAAAUUACAGACAGACCAUCUGAGAAGUCAAAACCAGAGUAAGAUUUCAACUUCUCAUGCAACUUUUCUCACUCUAGCCGACGAUGUCACCCACUCUGGCAAGAUUACACACAAUACACACCCAUUAUAAUCCCAAAAAAUGAUCAUGGUCCUUGAACAGUGAGCAAUCAAAAACUAUCAAAACGUGGAUCAAUACACCAAUAGAAAAGACUUGUGUCUACAUUUUAAGUUUAAAUGGAGUCUCUAGAGAAAAGUUUGCCAGAGUGGUAGAUGUUUGAAAAAUUCCAACAAUUUUCUCUCUUUUUUUUGCUUGUCCCCUAGAAUUAAAUGCAAAAUUUUUGCAUCACUAAAAAUGUAUAUAUUAUAGAGAAAAGUAAAAGCACACAGAUCCAGAUCAAACUGCACAUUUUGAUACAUAAUUUGUCCAACAACUCUUCAAAUUGUAGGACUAGUAGCGAAUCAAGAAUUAGGAAUAAGAAAAAAUCCACAGUAUAACAAUAGUGCCUUGGUGCGUUUGCCCCGUGGCCCUAAUUAAAUCUAUAACAAUUUAUUAAUUAAAUCUUUAACAGUUUAAUAAUUAAAUCUAUAGCAGGAUUCGUGUUAAACUUUCACAUUUCUUCACCAUCUUCAAACAUGUUUCUUCUGAUUUUUUCAGGACCUCGACUCUGCGCUGCCACUUUUCUACAAACACAGAGAACGCCUGGUUGCUGUUGGAGAGGUAAGAUAAGAAAAGAAGAAUUUUAUUUAUUCCCGAAGAGAAAUUCAACAGUAGUAGUAGUACUCUGUCUAUAUACUCACACCCCUGUGUAAUACACAUUACUAUAUACUACAUAUCUGUACUGUCUUUAUCUAUUUACAGAUGAAAUCACAGACAUACAUGUUUUUUUUCUAAAUACUAAAACAGGGUCUAUUUCCUCCUUUAAUACUUUUAUCAGACCCCUUUAAAUUUAAAGCCCACCCCCUCUUCUCUCACAACCUUUACCUGCUGCUGAACCUGGUCCUCUAAUCUAACACUCGAGAACUUUCUGUCCAAACCCUCCAGAGGGAGAGACAGUCUUCACCUUCAGGCUCUGACUCUCUAAUUGGUCUGCACAAAGAUAGAAAGUCGAGUUCAGUCUUAGAAAAUCUGACUGAAGUUUGAAUAAAUAAGAUUAAGACGGAUUUCAGACCUGCUCGCCUCCUAAAUCCCCUCUGUUAGCCGAAUUAAUAAGGCCUGUCAGGAUCACUCUCCAUCACUCGAACACACACACAGAGCUGUUAUUCUGCAGUGCUGUGUGAGAGCAGAGUGUUUUUUCAGGUGCUCUCUGCAAAAUUUUAGUAUAUCUCAAGUUUACCUGACUGUGCUUUUCAUACAAAGAUCCUAACAGUGUGAAGUCUCACCUGUGAGACUGUGAUAUGCUGCUGUGUUCUCACCUGAGCUUCCCUGGACUCUACCUUGAAAUGACACCAGGGGGCAUCAGGAAAUAUUGGGGUGAAAACUGGUCUGUGUGUGUUCACAUGUAAGACUUUACCCACUGGGGAAUUUCAGGAAAUUUUCAGGAACUUUGUGUUUGUCUGACAGAGACUUUAGUAAGUGAGAUUUCAGGCUCUGAGCAGAGCAAACAGUCCCACGCUCUGCUCUCCAUCAGCCUGUUAUUCACACAGAUCAGGUUAAAAUCACAGAGGGGUCUGUUUGUCUCUUCUAUAACCUCUCAGCUCUGCUUUCACUCUCUUUCACCUUUUUGCCUCACUAAUUCCAUGCAGGAAUUCAUGGCAAAGACAAGGGUUGGCUAAGUGAGGGACAAUAUUUGUACUGUGCCAAUUCACAACAAGUGUUAUCCAAAGACCCUUCAGGGCAAGAGGGAGAUGCAGAAAGAGUUUACUUUGUGGUUUGAUGAAUAAAAUAUUUUUUUCUGUAUUUUUUAAGAUUGGUCUGGACUUCACCCCCUGGUGUGCUCCCACUCAGCAGGAUAAAGAUGAUCAGAUGGAGGUUUUUAUCAGACAGCUCAGCAUCGCAAAGGAGUUCGACCUCCCUGUGUGAGAACGAAAUUGUGAUAUGUGCAACACCGGGAUUCUUGAGGAGGAGACUCUUAAUUCACAGAGAGUUAAACUUUAUAUAAACUAAAUGUUUUCUCUGCAGGUGAUGUGAACAUAUAACUGUUUUCUCACACAGUAAUGUCCACUCUCGGUCAGCUGCUAAGGUUACCAUUUCCAUCAUGCAGGAUCAGGGUGAGUUUAUUACCUCUUAUUGUCAGCCGAACAAGUGAUGUUAAUGAUGUGUUCAAGUUACCUCGGAAGUCAGAAGUCCAAGGAAUAGAGCAAAAUCGGAGGCCUGAAACAAGAUGGCUACAUCUACGAAAGCUAUUUUUGCGCUUGCCUUAUAUUCGGACAAGGCAAGACUUCUGAGGUCACUUGAACGCAGCGUAAUGCUUCACAAUUUUCUGAUUUCUCAUCAGGAAUCACUCGAGCUCUUCUACAUAACUUUGCGGGGAAACCAUCAGUAGCCAUGGAGGGAGUGAAGGCUGGAUACUUCUUCUCUUUCCCUCCUGCAGUCUGCAGGAAAAGAGAGGUAACAGAGAGCUUGAACAUGGUUGUUGUUUGUCAGACUUCGGUGGUUGUUGUUUGUCAAACGUUGAUGGUUGUUGCUUAUUUGACUAUGAUGGUUGUCGUUUGUCAGACUUUGAUGAUUGUUGUUUGUCAUACGUUGGUGGAUUUUGUUUAUUUGACUGUGAUGGUUGUUGUUUAUCAAACGUUGGUGGUUGUUGUUUAUUUGACUGUUAUGGAUGUUGUUUGUCAAACGUCGAUGGUUGUUGUUUGUCAAACGUUGAUGAUUGUUGUUUGUCAAACGUUGAUGGUUGUUUGUCAAACGUUGAUGGUUGUUUGUCAAACGUCGAUGAUUGUUGUUUGUCAAACGUUGGUGGUUGUUGUUUGUCAGACUGUGAUGGUUGUCGUUGUGAGACCUUGUAUCUCUUUUCUUUCUGUAUUGUCAAUUUACUACUUGAGGUGUCAUAGUGAUAGUAUGAACUCUAAAUCCCUCCACACAGAGAGACAAACUGAUCCGGCAGAUCCCUCUGGAGCACAUCUGUCUGGAAACCGACUCUCCUGCACUUGGACCAGAGAAACAUGUGAGUAACCGGAAAUAAAAGUCAAUCAAUGGUCCAAUUUAGGGAAUGAACUGUUUGCUGCUUAUCUUCUUUAGAUCUUUUAUCUCUUCAGGUGUGUUGCUGUCUUUCAGGUGAGGAAUGAGCCCUGUAACAUCCUCCUGUCCUGUCGCCACAUCGCUGAAAUCAAAGGUGUAUCUCCAGAAACAGUUCAACUUGUUACGACACAAAAUGCUUUCAGACUUUUCCCCAAAGCGGUCGCUCACUGA